AUUUGCAAAUUGAUCUGAGAUAAAAAUAUAUGGAUAAAAGACUCUUUUAUAUAUACACUAUAGUAUGUUCCAGGAGACCUUUGCCACUCUUUAAUGCGAACUUUAUUGUAUAGUUAGACUCAGAAAAAAGUUUAAAACAAAAGUUGUUCGGCUUAAAGGGGAAGUUCUCUGGAGGAAAAAACAGUCAAUAGUAUUCCGUAGUCAGUAUUCCGUAUUCCGUCAAUUCCCCAGAUACACUUUUGAUAGUAAAUUCAUAGCUGCGGAAACUGAUUGAUAUGUUUAAUUUUUUAUACAUAUCGGUUAGACGUUCAGAUUCAUCGAGCGGGCUCACCAGUGUAUGGCCCACAUAAGAAGAAGACAUCCGAUGGUGGUUAUAAAAUUGAAAUAUAUGUUAAUAUGUGUUAUUGUUUCUUUUGAACUUACACAACAAACAUCAAUUGUUCAAAAUGAUGAAGUUUUGGAUGCCCGUGUACCAUUUGGCUACUGUGAUACUACUGUACAAACGCUUAUAGAGGCCUUCAGAUCGGUAAUGCUAACAGGCUCUGAAAAAUGGGGAAUACCUAAAUUAUCACCAUAUGAAAUUGAUCAUAUAGGCGUAGAUGUUACACACGAAGUUGGAAAUGCUACUGGAUUUUUUAAAAACUUUAAAAUUGAACAGUUACAUACAUUUGAAACAACGAACACAAAUUGUAAAUUAUUAACCUAUAGAAAAUUUCAUGUGGAAAUUAAUGCUACUGUACCGACUGUUAAUAUUACUGGUGACUAUGAUCUGGACGGUUUUGUACUUGAAAUGAUACCUAUGUAUGGAAACGGGCCAUUUAGUGUAAACAUAACUAAUUUGCAUAUUGGAAUAAUUGCAAAUGUAUCAAUAAUGGGCGUAAAUAAAUUUAAAAUUCAAGACUUAUCUUUAUGGUUGACUAUGGACGAAACUCAGAUGUUCUUCGAUAAUCUAUUGAAUGGCGAUGAAGAGUAUCAACCUUUAUUUAACAAAAUGUUUUCAGAAAUUGGUCCACAAGCAGUUAUAGAUUUAUGGCCUGAUAUAGAGCCAAUAUUAGUGCGAAAAGUUAUGAAGGCCGUAAAUGGGAAAAAUGAAAAAAAUAGUACUUUUUGAUCGGUACUAAACGAUAUAAUAAUAAUAAUAAUCUAUUGUGCAUUAAAUUC